AUUUUAUAAUUUUAUUAUAUUAUUUUAUAAUUAUAUUAUUUUAUUAUUUGUAAAAUGGGAUUGUAAUGGAAAAUGAGGAAUCUUUACGAAAGGGUGUGGAACUUUUGGAAUCUUUAUCUUUAUCAGACUCUCUUGCGGAUUCUGAAGCCUUUUCAUUAUAUUCAGGCCUAGAUUUGGAUUUUUCAGGAUUAGAUUCGGAUUUUUCAGGAAAAGAUUGUUCCAUUUCAGGCCCAGAUUUAUCAUUUAAAAAUGAAAAAUUAAAUUCUUUCAAUUCUCAAGAAUUUUCUGAAACUAUUUCCCAUCCUAAUCUUAAAUCCGUAAAUACUUUUGAUGACAUAAAAACCAGACGACAUUCCUCAAUUGAAACACAUUCUACCAUAGAAACACAUUCUACUACAGAUACAAAUUCUACUACAGAUACAAAUUCUACUACAGAAACUCUCUGUUGUACUAAUUUGUGUAGUUCUCGGAUUAAGGAUUUGGAGCGAAAAAUAAAUCUUUUGGAGACUCAGAAUUCGCAGUUGAUAAUCAAUUCCUGUGCAAUGUACAAUACGUUAAUUAAACACAUACAAUCACUAACAGAAGAGCUUAACAAAUAUACAAGAUAACAUUUACACUUUAUAAUUUCAAGUGACAUGAUCCG